UCUUCCAACAUGAUGUCGUAUCAGAAUAUGAAUCAGAGACAGCGCGAGUUGUAUGACCAAUUCAAGAACGCGAGUGGAAGGCUCCUUUUGCACAAGAGUCAGAUUGGCGAUGAAGAAGCGAAGGCGAUUGCUGAGGCACUCAAAGUGAACACGACGCUGAUACAGCUCUCUCUGUGGGCGAAUCGGAUUGGCGAUGCGGGAGCGCGAGCGAUUGCUGAAGCACUCAAAAUGAACACGACGCUAACUGAGCUCGGUCUUCAUCAGAAUCAGAUUGGCGAUGCUGGAGCGCAAGCGAUUGCUGAGUCACUCAAAGUGAACAAGACAGUGACUAAGAUCUAUCUGUACAGUAAUCAGAUCGGCGAUGAUGGAGCGCUGGCGAUUGCUGAAGCACACAAAGUGAACACGACGCUGACUAAGCUAAGUCUGUGGGCGAAUCAGAUUGGCGAUGCGGGAGCGCGAGCGAUUGCUGACGCACUCAAAGUGAACACGACGCUGACUACGGUCUAUUUGCACCAGAAUCAGAUUGGCGAUGCUGGAGCGCAGGCGAACGCUGAGGCACUCAAAGUGAACAAGACGCUGACAAGGCUUAAUUUGUCCCAGAACUUCCUGACCAACGUUGGAAUUAUUGCACUCAGGCAAACGGCCAAUACCGAUUGUAACGUCAUUUUUGACAACCAGCGUGUUCCGUCGCCUGCCGAACGGGCGCAGAUGGCAGCUCGUGCAGCAGCACACGCUCAGCCCCAACUUUCUGUCAAUCUUGCAGCUGAAAAUCAGCAAUUGCGCUCCGAACUCGCUGCCAAAGAGCAAGUCCUCGCUACCAAAGACCAAGAGCUCGCAACGAAAGACCAGGAGCUGCAACAACUUCGCUUCGAUCUCGCUGCCAAGGACCAGAAGUUCGCAACAACAGAGCUGGAGCUCGUUGCGAAAGAACAACAGCUUGCUAACAAAGACCAGGAGCUCGCCGCCAAAGACCAGGAGCUCGCUGCCAAGGAUCUUGAACUCAAAUCAGCUCUUAAUCAAAUCGAUGUACUUGAACGCAACCAACCAGCUGAUGGAUCUUUUUCGAACUUUGACGGACCCGUCCCACAAGUGCCUCUCGCAACUCUCGUCUCCGCCACGAACAAUUUUGCCGCUGAUUCUCUGCUCGGCGAAGGAGCAUUUGGUCGCGUGUACAGCGCCAGUCUGCCUGGCCCUCGUGUUGCCAUCAAAAAGCUAUCCGCCGAAUCCAAGCAAGGCACGGUCGAAUUCAAGUCGGAACUGGACUCUUUGUCCAAAUUCCGCCACGCAAACAUUAUUGCCAUUCUUUCGUAUGCAGAAGAAGGCGACGAGCGAUGCCUGGUUUACGAAUUCAUGCCCAACGGAUCGGUCCGCGAUCGCUUGAAUCGCAAAAACAACACUCCUCCGCUGACUUGGUCUCAGCGCCAUCGCAUCGCAGCUGAUGUUGCCCGCGGCAUGCACUACGUCCAGACAGCCUUCCCCGAUCAUGCACUGUUCCACCUCGACCUCAAGACAGACAACGUGCUUUUGGAUGAGCAUUUCAAUGCAAAAAUAUCUGAUUUCGGUCUCGUCCGUGCUGCCAAACACCUCGAUGAUAAGAGCUACCUGCGUACUCAAAACGUUCAAGGCACAGCUGCUUACAUGUGCCCCGAGUUCUUUGCCGAGGGCAGAAUGACCAUCAAGACGGACGUCUUCGCCUUUGGCAUGAUUCUGCUCGAGCUCGCGACCGCCGCCAAGCCCGGGCCCAGAUUGAAAACUGAUAUGCGCAAGGCUGUGAAAACCCAGAAAUUAGUUGAAAUGCUGGACUCGGCCCUCAAACCAAGCGAGGCAGAGCUCCAGAGGAUCAGCGAGCUUGUCACGCUUGCGAUGGAGUGUCUUGACGAAGCUGCCGAUGACCGUCCGUCGUUUGGUAGCAUCCUUGUUUCGUUGGAUCCUUGAUGACAAGCGGGAAAUGUGGUACUGGUGGUCUAGUGUCAUGUACGAAUGAGGGUUAGUCUACUUGUUCUUUUUCGCUUGUCAUUUUUCAGCACGUUGCUGUUAUUGUUUGUUUGUUGUUGUGGUAUUGUUUGUUUGUUGCUGUUGUUAUUGUUUGUUGCUUGUUGUUAUGCGCAACUAUUGUGAAGAAAUCAGAAAGUCGAAUACAG